UCGUACGCGCACACGCACACACACGCAGAGGAGCACGGCGACUUCCAGCGCACCUCGCUCCAACAGCGCAACUACAUGAUGACGAGACGGCCAAGACACAGUGUUUACAGCAGUGAGGAGGAAGAUGAGGAGGUGGAAACGUACGACCAUGACUACGACGGCUCACUGGUCAAGGGAGCCAAGCGCCACCUGGGCAAGACACGCUGGACCCGGGAAGAGGAUGAGAAGCUAAAAAAAAUGGUGGAACUCAAUGGCACUGAAGACUGGAAAGUGAUCGCCAGCUUUCUUCCAAACCGCACUGAUGUUCAGUGUCAACAUCGCUGGCAGAAGGUUCUAAACCCAGAACUGAUCAAAGGGCCCUGGACCAAAGAAGAGGACCAAAGGGUGAUUGAGCUGGUCCAGAAGUACGGGCCCAAGCGCUGGUCAGUGAUAGCCAAGCACCUGAAGGGGCGCAUCGGGAAGCAGUGUCGUGAGCGCUGGCACAACCACCUCAACCCUGAGGUCAAGAAGACCUCCUGGACCGAGGAGGAGGACCGCAUCAUUUACCAGGCCCACGAGAAGCUGGGCAACCGCUGGGCUGAGAUCGCCAAACUGCUACCCGGCAGAACUGAUAAUGCCAUAAAGAAUCACUGGAACUCCACCAUGAGGCGUAAGGUGGAGCAGGAGGGCUAUUUGCAGCACGGCGUUAAAGUGGGCCCCUGCUCCCUCUCGGCCAGCUACCCCAAGCCAACACACCUCAUGGCCUUCGCACACACACACACACACACACACACACACACACACUCGCCAGCCAGCGCACACCUCUCAGCGCCCUCGCCCAUGAGCCCGGAUUACUCGUACUACGUCUCCGAAUCACCGCGGGUGCCGUUGCCGUUGCUGAGCAUUCUGAACAUCCCCCAGCAUGGCACAGCUGCUAUCCAGGAACACUAUAACGAGGAGGACCCGGAGAAGGAGAAGAGAGUGAAGGAGAUUGAGAUGCUUCUAUGUCAAGAGGAAUGUGGUCAAAGGUCAAUGGGUCACAGAAUGCCCAAUUUUGGGUGGAGUCGCAGCUCCUUGGUUGACGGCUCCCUGGGCGUGUCCGUCCCAGCCCCUCACCUUGACCAUAGCUGUCUCCCUGAGGAGAGUGCGUCCAGCUCUGUCUCCCACGGCAAUGACAACCUGCCUGGGUUCAUCGAGGAGAUGGACUCGUUCUUUACGGCGUCUGGGAGAGCGGAGAGUUCUGACGGCGACACGACACCCCCAGGCCUCUGUUCCCAGAAGGCUUUGCUGGCCACGCCACUGCACCGCGAACACGCCCUCUCUGGCCAAAAGGAAAACGACAUGUUCCGGACUCCUGACCUCAGACGCUCCAUAAUGGAGUCCUCUCCUCGAACUCCCACCCCCCUGCACAACGCCAAAUACACACUCACACAACUCAAGAUGAGCCACAGCCCUCCGUUGGAGGAGGAAACGCUGGACCGCAUCAAGCAGGAGCCCAUAGAGAGCGAGGUCACUCCUGGGGGGCCCCAGCAUGAUCUGCCCCCCCUCAAGAAGAUCAAACAGGAGAUUGAGUCUGUCUGUGGGACUCCGUGUAUGCAGUGGGAGGGACCUGAGCUGAAUGCCCAACUCUUCCCCCAUAGUGGCUCAGCCCACAAUACACCUGACCUGUUGACCAGCUCUGUGCUGAUGCUUCCCGGUGCAGGGAAGACUGAAGACGGACACAAGGCCUUUCACCUGCCCUGCAAGAACAUGGGCAACCCCCUGCAGUUGAGCGUGUGGGAACAGGUGGUGUCUGGGAAGGUGGAGGACCAACUCCUGUCCUCGGAGCACACACACAUACACCUCAGCUCCUUCAGCACACGCACGCUGGUAAUGUAGGCCUGUUCUGUAGAGGCGGUGAAAGAUAGAUGAAUAGAUAGAUAGAUAGAUAGAUAGAUAGAUAGAUAGAUAGAUAGAUAGAUAGGGGGAGAGGGGAGAGAGAGAGAGACUGGGGAGAGGGGCAGGUUGAAGGACAUUACAACACCCUUUGACAACAAAGCCAGUGAACUAGAGAAACACUCCAAUUGGAAAAAUUCUGUUAAUAAGACUCUAUUCUGUUCAGUACAAAUUUGGGAGAGGCCUUUACGUAUGGCUCAAAUCUGUAUACACUUGUUGGACAACCAACCAAAGACGUUUGUGAUUCUGUUUGUGUGUUUCUUCCUUGUCACUUGUUUUUAAGUUGUGGUAAUUGAGUUUGUUUCUGUUUGUUUUUUUACUAUUGUAUUUUGUAUUAUAUUUGGGGACAAAUACUUCUAAAGGCGAGCUCUGACUAUGUGAAUAUUAAUAUAAAGAUCAAUCAUAGUAAUUUAUUAUUUUGUAAAGACACAAAUGGGAAAAUAGAGGAGAGUCUAUGGAGAGUCUCGUCAGCAGUGUUUGACUCCAGUAUUCUGCUGCAGGCUUCCUAGACAGUCACUCCUACACAUACAAGUGUGUGUGUGUGUGUGUGUGUGUGUGUGUGUGUGUGUGUGUGUGUGUGUGUGUGUGUGUGUGUGUGUG